UCGUCGUAGACAUGGAGGUGCUCAGCUUUUUUCUCGCCCUGUGUUCUUUGGUCUCGGCCAAGCCGUACUUUGGGCUGUUCGACCUGCCGUCCCACAACUCCAUCGUGCAAAUUGUGCCGUCCGUGCAGACCCACGAGGAGCACUCGUCGCUCUACUACCCAUUCAACUUCGGCGACCUGCACGACCACAGCCAGUUUGUCUUUCUUGGCCAGAGCAAAUUCAUUGACGACAUUAUUGGAAACAAGAAACCCCAAAAGUUCCAAUCGGCUGACCAAGUUUAUUUCACCUCGACCGCGUCUCCCCUUCCACGUCAGCCAGCAGUGUCCAAUUUGCCGGUUCCUUCGUUGCCCUCGCCGUUCGCCGCCUUCCUGGCAGGCGGCCCCGACCCUUUGCCCUUCACAGCGCCCAUUUUCGUUUCCGACUUUACGCAAGCCUUCUUCCAACCCCACCUGGUGCCCUAUAAUGACACCCUGCAACCUCCCCCGUCUCGUCAGCCCUCCGCCGGUUCACUGACCUCGCCGCAAAACGCAACCGAGCAGGUUUCGUUGCCAGACAAGACGGCGCCGACGACGACUGAGCCCAUUUUCGCCCAUCAGCAGCAAGAGGCGUCCGAGAUGUCGUUCAACGGCACUGAAGCCUUCUUCCAAUCCCACCUGGUGCCCUACAACAACACCCUGCAACCUCCCCCGUCUCGUCAGCCUUCCGCCGGUUCACUGACCUCGCCGCAAAACGCAACCGAGCAGGGUUCGUUGCCAGACAGGACGGCGCCGACGACGACUGAGCGCAUUUUCGCACUUCAGCAGCAAGCGGCGUCCGAGAUGUCGUUCAACGGCACUGAAGUUCCUCCCAACCAGAUUGACAGCAACGCAAACAACAAUCGCACCCAAAGAGACUCAAGAGUAGAAACGCCACCGAAAUCAAGUAAUCCUUCUAAUGAAUCUGACCUUUUCAAUACCAAAAAUUAAGCAGCAACUUCCAAUGUCAAUAAUUUUUUUACAGACCCCCAGAUUUUAUGUAUAUUUUGCAGAUGUAAAGAUUUUUUAGUACAAUAUUUUAAUAUAUUUUAGCAAUUUUAAAUAAAUGCAUGAAUGAUCCAUUUAAUUUGAAAUAUGAUAUGAAAAAAGUACUGUACCUUUAUUUGUGUGAUAUUUUUCAUAUCUGGCUUCAAAAUUUUGCGUGAAUUUCCUUUAGUUGUUUAAUAGUAUAUUAUAUUCAAUGCGAGAAUGUAUGAAACAUGAAGGAGAACACAUUUUGUAAGAAAUUGUCUUGGUGUUUUUUUAUUAGACGCGUGACUUCACGUUGUAUAUUGAUCCAAAUUAAGCUAUUAGAAUUUAAAAAAGGGAUAACAAGAAAGAAAUAUUUCAAAGUUCAUGUACAUCUCAAUUUUAUUUCAAAUAAACGCUUAUUCACAUUAUUUUGCAAAAAAAAUUGAAAUGUCAGGAAGUGAAAAUUUUGUGAAAUACUUAUAUUUAUUAUUUCUUGACAUAUUCAUUUAUGUUUAUUACAAGACGGAGUUGGUUAUUAAAUUCCUAUUUAUAUAUAUCCUUAUUAUUAUAUUUUACAUGAUUUUCAAUUGAAUCCCCCAAAUACUAAUCUUUGUUCAUAUUUUCAACAAGAAAGCCAAUGAUAAUUUUUUAUUAAAACCCGCUAUAGAAAAUGACUAGAACUCAGUCGAGAUCAAAAUUAUUAGUCUUGCUCAAGAGAUCAUUUCCAUGAAAAUAAAUAUUUCAUUUACAUGAUGAUUUACAAAAAUACAAGUUGAAGAUGACACGUACGCACAAAAUUCAGCGUUUGCUCUGCACUUUUCGUAAAAUCGCAGUCGCUGUACAACCAUAAACUCUUUUAUUUUUCUCGACAUAUUGCGUGGAAAACAAAAAAAAUUAAAUGUGAUAAGAGAGUUUUUUUACCAUCUGUGUGCAAGUGGUCGCUGCAUGAAUAAGGUGGGUCAACAGUACGUGAUAAAAACCUUUGCAGCAGAUAUGAGGAACAUGAAGGAAAUCAGAAUUAUCAGCGCGAUAAAAAUGAAAGGAAAAUUUAAUUCAACGACAAUUUACAAGCGACACUGAAACUGCGGACACUGAUGUAAAAUUUCCGAAGUUGGCAUUUACGGAACGACAACAAAAUUUGAGAAAAUUCAUUUAGGUCUGACACGUUCCACUACAUUAAAAAAAGUCACGGGUUGUAUGCGUUCUGCGGGUUCUCUCUGACCGUGACCGUCUGAGUUGCCGCUGUGCCUCGCUCCACUCCUGGCACCUCCGCUUCAUUUGCAGGUGGAUUUCGGCUUUUAAAAAUUGAACAGAAAGGGCAAACGUUUAUUUAAGUUCCAGAAUAUGAAUAAUUUUUAUUGUGCAGUGCAACUGAUUGUGAGUUAAAAUAUAAAGAAUCUUUUUAAAUUAAAAAAAAUCCCAAAAUUCAUUUGCGGUAAAAUAAAAUUUGUUUCGUAAAAAAUCAGAUAAUGGCAGUUAUGUCAUAGCUGGAGAAGAGUUCUUAAUUGAACAUAAAAUUUACAUAAGUUUUUCAUGGUGUCCCAUAUACCCACUCAUAUAAUACAAGAAUUUUACAAUCUAACCCGCUAAAUUCAACCGAUGGGAGAAAACAAGUACUUUACCCGAGCCUCAGAAUAUGUGUUACCCCGAUUGUGGAACUCUUUGCCAACUGAAUUAUAAAACUUAACCAACAAAAAUUAUGUAAAAUAAAAAAAGUUUUUUUGCACCAGCAUAAAAAAUAUAAUAAAAAAUUGUGUAAUAAUGUGCACUAAGUGUAGCUUGCGGUUGUCAGUCAAAAUAAAGCAACAGCCGAUAAGCCCUCUGGCUUGGCUGGACUUGUAAUAUUUGAAUCAAUAAAUUGACUUGAUGUAAUUAAGAUGUUGUGUUUUUCAUAUUGUAUCUGA